AUGGAUAGCUUCACAUUUUAUCUGUCCAGAGACAUCGAUCUGCCUGUGCGCAUCAAGAUCGGGACUCUCGAAGGCAAGCAGAAGCCGAUCCCCAAUUCUCGUCUUCUCAAGAAUCCGGAAUUGAAGUAUCUCGGGUCUUGUCAGAACCCUGUUUCCGACCUUUUCGUGUCUGUGCAAAUAUGGUCAGAUUCGAAGCCACUCGGCGUGCCUAUGCAGACUGCGUACAAGGCAUUCAAAACCAGCCGAACAUGGAACGAAUGGCUGCAAAUGCCCAUGCCACUUAAGCAUGCUGCGCGUCGCUGUCAACUAGCCAUCACUAUUUGGGAUCUGUCUCCACUAGCAGGAGAUAAGAGCCACGAUGUCCCUUUCGGUGGAACAACGAUCCCGCUAUUUGAUGAUGGUGAGGAGGCCAGAUUAAAGAUGGGGCGGCACAAGUGCAAGAUCUACCGUCACAAGGAGGCAGAUGGCUAUUCGCCUACAAGCACACCAUUUACACCACCUCCAAAGCGACAAGAACAACGGACUCGUCGUGCCACCGAUCUCUCGGCGGAGGAAGAGGAACUGGAGCGGGUUGAGGGUCAGAUCAAGAAGCACGAAAUGGGAGAGAUUCCUCGAAUUGAUUGGCUGGACCAGUUGGUCUUUCGUCGACUGGAGAAGCUCAAGAUUGAAGCUGAAGAAGCUGCUCGGAAAAGAGACAUUCUUUUGCGAGCCGCAAAGGAAGAGAAGGCUAGCGGGGGAGACGAAGAUGACAAUCUUGAUGACGGGGAAAUUGACGACGAGAACUUUAUCCUGUACGUGGAGUUCCCGCGGUACAACCACCCGAUUGUCUGGGUCGAUCAUGUUUAUCCUCCACCGCCUAUCUCAUCAUACCGUGACCCUCAGAAUCUCCCGGCUCACCCCAACUCCACACUGAAGCCAGUUCCGGAGGUCAAGCUUGGUCCUGGAAUCGGAGAAGGCGAUGGUGCAGAUUGUAUCAAGAUUUUUGACCCAGAAGUAGGGCAGACUUCAAACCCUUGUGAGGACAAGCACCGACGCUUGAUGCGCAGCUACCGAACGGGAAUUAUGGACCGAGAUCUCAAGCCGAACCCCAAGAAUCGUGAUGAGUUGAACACAAUCGUGUCUUAUGAGCCAACGCAGGAUCUCACUGCUGAAGAGAAAGACCUUGUAUGGAGGUUCAGGUACUAUUUGACCCGAGAAAAGCGGGCUCUUACAAAGUUCGUCAAAUCCGUUAAUUGGCACGACGAGGGAGAAUCUCGGCAGGCAGUGGAAAUCCUCCCUAAAUGGACUGAUAUUGACGUUGAUGAUGCUUUGGAGCUCCUGGGCCCCACAUUUGAUAAUCCUGCGGUGCGCUCCUAUGCCGUGGCCCGGCUUCGACAGGCGGAUGACGAGGAGCUCCUUCUUUACCUGCUCCAGUUGGUCCAGGCCUUGAAGUAUGAGGAGAAUGCCGAAAGCAGCGCCGAUGAGGCAGCUCAUGACUCUUCACUGGCCAAUUUCCUCAUCACUCGUGCGACCAACAAUUUCAAACUCGGCAACAAUCUCCAUUGGUAUCUAAUGGUUGAAUUUGAAGACGCAGGUCCGGAUAAUAUCUCGCCGCAUCGCCGACUCUUCGCACGUGUUGAAUACUAUUUCAUGGUAGAGCUGGAGAAGCAUCACGCUGAAUAUCGGAAGACUCUUCGGCGACAAGCCGAAAUGAUCACUGUUCUCUCGAAGAUUGCCAAGGAUAUUCGUUUCUCCCGUGAAUCUCGCGAUGUGAAGAUUGAAAAACUGAAGAAAUCACUUCGUGACCCAAAAAACGACUUGGUCCAAAUUGAGCCUCCGUUGCCCUUGCCCUUGGAUCCUGAUGUCUUGAUCACCGGCUGCUACCCGGACGAAUCCAGGGUCUUCAAAUCGACCCUGUCCCCUCUGCAAAUCACAUUCAAGACGACCGAUGGCAAAAAGUACCCUCUUUUGUUUAAGGUUGGCGACGACCUUCGCCAGGACCAACUGGUCAUUCAAAUCAUCAUUCUCAUGGACCGGCUUCUACAAAAGGAAAAUCUGGAUCUGAAGUUGACACCGUACCGGAUCCUUGCCACAAGCCCUACGGCGGGUGCAGUGCAAUUCAUUGAGUCGAAAUCCCUCUCCGCCGUUUCAAGCGAAUACAAAUCCGUCCUCGCGUAUCUGAAGGAGAAUAAUCCGGACGACAGAGAGCCUCUUGGCGUUCGCAAGGAAACGAUGGACACGUACAUCAAAUCUUGCGCUGGAUACUGCGUGAUUACCUACCUCCUCGGCGUCGGAGAUCGCCAUCUGGAGAACCUGCUUCUUGCACCAGAUGGCCACUUCUUCCAUGCCGACUUCGGGUUCAUUCUUGGUCGCGACCCCAAGCCCUUCGCGCCAAUGAUGAAGCUCUGCAAAGAGAUGGUUGAAGGCAUGGGUGGCACUACUUCUCCUCACUAUCUUCAGUUCAAGCAGUACUGCUUCACGGCGUACACGACACUCCGCAAGUCUGCCAACUUGAUCCUGAACCUCUUCAGCCUUAUGGUGGAUGCAAAUAUUCCCGAUAUCCGCGUCGAGCCUGACAAGGCUGUGCUGAAGGUCAAGGAGCGGUUUCACCUGGAGAUGUCGGAGGAGGAAGCUAUCCGCCAUUUCGAGCAGCUCAUUGGCGACAGCGUCAAUGCUAUUUUCGGCGUCGUGAUUGAUCGUCUUCAUGAGUUUGUGCAGGGAUGGAGAGCGUAA